AUGGCUCGGAAAGGUAGCCGAAAGGUGAGGACGGGAUGUUUGACCUGCAAAGUACGUAAGAUCAAGUGCGAUGAGAGCAGACCAUCCUGCAAGCGCUGUACCGCGACUGGCCGCAAAUGCGACGGCUAUCCACACGUCGCCGACUUGACAGAUGUCUCAUCCAGUUCCCCGGGUUCGGGUCCGUCAGUGGUCCUGACGGUCCAGCCAAGUCGCGCCUCUCCAGGAGUCAGUUCCCCAAGCGACAACCGCGCUCUGCAGUACUUUGCCGAAGCCGUGGGCCCGCUCCUCUCUGGGGCCGUUGAUCCUUACUUCUGGACGCACAUAGUCAUGCAGUUCAGCACAUUUGAGCCGGCCGUAACACACUCGAUUCUAGCUAUCAGCGACCUCUAUGAGCAGUUCCACACCGGAACCGACGAGAUCGUUGCCCCGCGGGACUACAGUUUUGCCGUGCGGCACUACAACGCGGCCAUGCGAGAGCUGAUAGGCAUGAAGACGCAGGACAAGCACCCCACGGUUCUGCUUGUCUGUGUCCUGUUCAUCUGCAUUGAGUUCCUGCAGUCUGGGCGCGAAGCCGCUAUUAAACACUGCAAGCAUGGGGUCGCGCUCCUACGAAAUACCCACAGCGAGUUCCCCUGGACGAAGGAGCAUCUUCUCCCACUUUUCCGACGCCUCACAGAGUAUUCGUUCUUCUUCAGCGGCGAAAAGGCCGACUUUCCGGACUUGAGCGGACUGGAACAUCCUGUGCCCCCCAGCUUUUCCUCGUUCCAAGACGCCCAGUUGAUGAUUGACGACCUCUACUGCCAAACCCUCCAGCUCAUGAAGCAAGGAUACCCUUUUCGUUCCCUGUCGCCAACAGGAAAUGGCGUUCCUCCGAAAUUACUAGCGCGGCAAGAAUACGUCAAUAGUAUGCUCGAUCGGUGGAGCAUUCUCUUUACCCAGUUGAAUAACCAGAGCAAAUACUCAUCCUCACCCCCAACUGAGGCAUCCGAGACAAAACCGGACUACGUACCGAAUAUGCUGCGUGGCUUUCUGUCCACUCGAUACGAGUGCUGCCGUAUCUGGCUGAAUAUGGCAUUCACCAACAACUUGACUGGCUACGAUAAGUACGUGUCAAACUACAGCCGACUAGCGAAAAACCUCGCCGAAAUGGUUGUCCAAAUAUCAGAACACUCGAAAAUGGAAGGCGUCCACGCCAAAACGUCGAAAUUCAUGUUUGAAACAGGGUACACGCCCAUGUUGUUCUUCUUCACGACGACAUGUCGUCAGCUGGAGACGCGGCUGGAGUUACUCCGGCUGAUGCCCAUUCUUGGACUCCCACGCGAGAAUCUGUGGGAGAUGGCGACAUUAGUUGCCGUGGCGCGGAGGGUCAUUGAGCUGGAACAUGGCAUUUCUCUCGACCCUGCAGGGCGGCCUACGGUUCCGGUCUCACCCUCGGCGCCUUUGCCGCCAAACGAAAAGAGGGUGGCGGAUAUUUGGACGGAGCCCAAGACGGAAGAAAAGAAUAUGAACGGGCACAUUGUGCGUGGAAGAGUGGUUGGGUUUUUCAGACGUGACAAGCCUGACGGUGGCACGUCUCUCCACACAGAGUUUGUGGAAGUAAGGAAUGUGAAGGAGGAGUUGGGAGAGGGGAUUGCGACGGUGGUAGUUCCGUAG